CUGUUCAGCUCCCUCACGUGCCUCACACGUGAGGGUAAUUUCGUCAUUUCAUAUAUUAGGGACCAUUUUUGCAUAAACGUUUUUUGGAUUAAUUGAUAUUUACCCCUCAUUUACUUUCCCCAACAUUCGUCAACUCCCCAACUCUAUCCUUCUUGCUGUUGCUCCAUUGAACCUACAAAAAACCCUCGUUUCCAAACAAGAUAAUCGACACUACACAUACAAGGGCAUACGUUUAAUACGAAAUGGUGUUCGUAAUGUGGCACAUCAGACCAAAACACGAAGUUGUUGAUGUAUCAACUGUAUAUGCUGGUGCACCCACAUGGUUUAGUAUUAAGCUUCAUCACGGUGGGAAAUUUACUAAGUUACCUGAUAUAAAGUACAUUGGAGGUGAAGUGCGUUAUGUUGAUUAUGUGGACAUUGAUGAGUUUUCUGUGCAUGAACUUGAUGCCAUAAUGCUUGACCUAGGUUACCCAGACCCACGGAUGAUUGAAUUGACCGAUGAAUCCCCAGUGAUAUACUAUCAUUUCAGGAUACCCAAUGGUGACUUUCAAUUUGGUCUUAUAGCUUUAGGGAAUGAUCAGGAUGUGAUCAACCUUUCUAAAUACAUUGCACAUAACAAGCUGAUUGAGGUGUACACAGGGCAUGGAAAGACAAAUUUACUGACUUACUUCAUGUCACCAAAUGCAAAGGGUAAAGUUGUCAUUGAGGAAUUACCAGAAAAUGAUGAUCAAGGGGCUGAAGUUGAGGGUCAAGUUCAUGCAGAUUCUCCAAUGAAAAAUGUGAACCAUGGUAAUGGUGAGCCUAUUAGUGAGUUCAUGUCUCUGAUUCUUUUUGGGAGUAAGAAUGAUAGUUUCUCACCAGAGUAUAGAGGGGGUAGGGUUGGGAAUUCCAAUAUAUGUGAAAGUUCUUGUAGCAAGAGGCUUAAUUUAGAUUAUAUUGAUGAGGGUGUUCACAUUUCAAAGGAAAAGAAUGAUGAUCAGGAUGAUUCAACUGAUGUUCAGGAGGCAGCAACUUGUGUUCUUAUUGAUGAGAUGGAUGGUGUUAGGGAGGCUGUAACUAUUGUUCAACAGGCAUCAACUGUUGAUGAAGGAUGCUACAACACCCCCCUGUUAAUAAUGUUGAUGAACAAUUGA